AUGCCCACUACGGACCCGAAGCCAUCAUUUCUCGAAUCGAUCUCACCGUGGUGUACAACUCGAAGCUCAACACCUCAGAAUGGAUCCGAUAAUGCUUCGGAUACAGACACUUUGAGGCAAGGAUCAGGACAGGAUCAUGUCACAUCCCACAAGAAACGACUGAGUUCUCUGCGAUACCCGCCUGAUUGCCCGCCACUGCAAACGAGAUGGUUUUACGCCGUAGAUACGCCAAAAUCGAAGCCGGCGUUCACCAGUCUGGAGAAGAAAGAGCCACCUAAGCCCUUUCCCCCGGCGAAAAAGUUCAUUCCUUUCUAUAUUAAAGAUUCUCAGUCGAUCGAGAAAGCUUUCCAGCAACUCCUUCAGCAAGAAGUAAAGGAUGUCCCAGAUAAUACAAAAGAGAACGAACAGACACAGUAUACAGUCAAGGUCCCGGUAAACGAGGACUACCUGUAUGAUGUUGACGUGGAGAAGCGAGAACUAGGACCUGUGUACUGGUUAGGGCCUAUCUAUGAAGUGAGACGUGGAACGUGGUUCUUCCAAGAAGGCUCGAUCCUCAGACCAUGCGAAGAAAACCUCGCUACUCAACUCGAAGAGGGCUACUUGAAAAUGAAGCCAUGGCAACUCCAGAACUCGCAGAGCAAACCGGCAUCAGGAGCCACUACGCUGCAAGACACAAAAACUCAAGCGGAUUUGCCCAUCCAAGAGCCGGAUCCGGUUCAUGGCAUGACAGCCAAAAAUAUUGACGACGAACCGACAAGAGAGUGCUCAGACAGUCAGGGCCGGCCUGGCGCUUCGCAUCAGUCGCUGCUCGUUUAUCGUCUGUUUGGCUCAUACAUGAAUAGCACCGUUACUUACCAAGAUUCAACCGUGGCCUGGUUGAAUUAUGACGAUUUCAUGUCCCGCGUUAGCAGUACUGUCUACCAGAGAUUCGGUGCUGUGGGAGGUACAAAGGUAGUGAGAGGAUAUGUUGAGCAAGGGGCCCAGAAAGACUCGGCAGACACCAAAGCCGUGCCAUCCAAGAGUCCAUCAUCGGUGACUCUAGCUACGGUUUCGGGUGCUGGGGGAAAAGAGAUUCCUCAGUCAGACCAGGACAAAUCUACUACGUCGAACGACCCUCAUGGAGUUGAGUCGGUGGGACUAAAAUCCAAGGUCUUGUCAACCGGCCAUCGAGCAACGUUACAACGUCAAAUGUCUUCUCUCAAUGGUGAGAGCGGAGACACUGCUGAACUUGAAGAAGAGGUGAGAAAACAGGAAGAACAGGAAAUGGAAGACGCCAGAGAGACAGAUGGUGAAGAGCGAGAUAGAGAGAUCGAUCACCUCAUUCUAGUUACCCAUGGAAUUGGCCAGCGCCUGGGGCUUAGACUUGAUAGCAUCAAUUUCAUUUCCGAUGUCAACACUUUGAGAAAGACCAUGAAAUCAGUUUAUGGUGCAUCGCCUGACUUGCAGAUGCUCAAUUCACAGUUUUCGGAUGCAAAGAAUAACUGUCGCGUACAAGUUCUCCCAGUAUGCUGGAGAUAUCUCCUAGACUUUCCUCGCCAGGGUUUGCGCCAAAAUCGCAAAGAGGCCGACCUUGCCGACCCUGAUAGCUUGUCCUCCGAAGAAGAACAAUACCCUAGCCUGGCUGAUAUCACAUUGGAAGGUGUGCCUGCUGUCCGCAACCUGAUCUCAGACCUGGCCAUGGAUGUCCUCUUGUAUCAAAGUGGGUACCGAGAGCAUAUCAUGGGCAUUGUACAGCGGGAGUGUAAUAGGAUAUUUCAGUUGUUCAAGGCUCGUAAUCCAUCUUUCAAAGGUUCGGUCAGCCUAUGUGGGCAUUCUCUCGGAAGUGCUAUCAUGUUUGAUAUCCUCUGUCGUCAAAAACAACGUUAUCCGACAGGGUUUGAAGAAAUGUGGAAAAGGCAGGUUCAGAAGAGCAGCACACACGGCUCAACGACUGAAUAUCCCCUGGAAUUCGACUGCAAGGAAUUCUUCUGCCUUGGCUCUCCGCUUGCACUAUUCCAGAUGCUGCAGGCGAAAACGAUUGCGGGAAGAUCGCUCGAAAAGGGCUCAAUUGAGAGAAAUUCGGCCCUAUCUCACAGCCCUGGCGCAGCGGCUCCGCCUAUAGGCGAUCCAAUGGAACAGGCAAUCUUCGAGUUGAAUCCAAGUGUGUCUUCUCCUAAAUGUGACGAACUAUACAAUAUUUUCCAUCCUUCCGACCCGGUUAGCUACCGCCUCGAACCACUGAUUACUCCUGCGAUGUCAGCUUUGAAACCUCAGCCUCUGCCGUUUGUGAAGAAAAGCAUUUGGACAGCAUCUGGGCAGAGCUUGUCAAAUAUCAGUUCUCGCGUGGGAUCGCUUUGGACGAAUUUUACAACUGGCGUUGCAAGCAGCCUAUUAAAUCGUAGCUUGGGUAUACAGUCCGAUGGACCAUCAGGCUCGACUCAUUCCCGCACUGCUUCCCAGCAGUCGACGACGUCGGAGAUGAACCCGACAGUCUCCAAAGUACCCGGCCAUGAAUCAGAAUUCCCAACUCUUAUAGAUCCAGGAAUGGAAACACUGUACGAAGGUUUUCAAAAAGCGAGGCGGAGUGAUACAACUAGUGUCUCUGGAGACAGUAACGACGACGUUGAAGAUCGCUCUCGAAAGAUCAGGACCGAAGAGGCCAAAGUCCGCGCUCUGAAUUCCAAUGGCAGGGUGGACUACAACAUUCAAGAGGGCGUCUUUGAUAUAUCACUGAUCGCGAGUAUUGCAAGUCAUUUGAGUUACUGGGCGGACGAGGACGUUAGUCACUUCAUGUUAUCACAAAUGUUAUCAAGAAUGCGAAGAAAACGCCAAAGAUGA